GGAAGGAGGGGCCGGAGGUGGGAGGAGAAACGGCUACUUCGGUAAAAGGAGUGAGCACCGGUAGAGAGCUCGAAGCGCGAAGCUCUCUACCGUGCAGGUCAGCCAUUGUCCGGCCCAGUUGAGGGUCCCGAGAAUCCGGCUUGUGUUGGCGAGACCCAACAGGUGAUUAACCAAAACAGGAUCAAUGCCAAUGUCCUCUACAGCCAACCAAUGGAUCCUAUUCGUCCUCCAUUCAGAGGAACUCCUCCUUUCCAUUCACUUCUAAGCAUACGGCUGCCAGGGUCUCGGCCACAUGUUCCCAAACUUAUGGACACAGCUGUGGGCAGAGUAGGACAGGCAGUCCAAGGCAGUUCAUUGGGGAGAGCAAAGGAAGCAAUCCUGCAAUAUGAGCAGUUGCAACAGGAGUCUGUUGGUUUGUCAUCAAUGUUCCGUGGGCUGGGGUUUGAGACAGCAGCCCGCCCCCCUUUGAGAAGAGAUAUACCCCCCUUUGGUAGAGGCAUUUUAGGCCGAGGCUUGAGUUUUGAUAUGGUGUCUAAAGGCCAAGAAGAGCUUCUGAAUCAACCAACUUUCCCAGGCCCUUUGGUGUUGGCAGCUGGGGACAGCAAGAUGGCAUCAGUCUCCCUUGGUUGGAAUAGGAAUCUUGGAAGAGGGAACUUUGAGGUUCCUUUGGGAAGACCAGCUUUUGGCUUAGGCAGAGCGAUAUGUAAAGCACCAAGUGAGUUAUCAUCUCCAGAUAUUCCAUUGUUAUCAUCAUCAUCACUACCAUCGCCCAAAUCCUCAUUCCCCCUCUAUCAAGAUCACCCUCCAGAUAGUCCUGUUGAACAGAUGGAGAAAAAAGAGCCCCUUAUGAAACAAGGAUCAAAAGGAAUCCCCCAACCUUUGGGAUUGAACCUUGUCAAAAUACACUGUCAGAAUGAAGCUGUAUAUCAGUAUCAUGUGACUUUCAGCCCCAGUGUGGAAUGCAAGAGUAUGAGGUUUGGCAUGUUGAAGGACCAUCGAUCUGUCACUGGAGAUGUCACUGCUUUUGAUGGAUCCAUCCUCUAUCUGCCCAUUAGACUUCAGCAAGCUGUUGAGUUGAAGAGUCAGAGGAAGACUGAUGGUACUGAGAUCAGCAUCAAAAUUCAAAUGACCAAGAUUUUGGAACCCAGCUCUGACUUGUGUAUUCCUUUCUACAACGUUGUUUUCCGACGGGUAAUGAAACUUUUAGAUAUGAAACGUGUAGGAAGAAAUUUCUAUGAUCCUUCAAGUGCUAUGAUACUACAACAACAUAGGUUGCAAAUCUGGCCAGGCUAUGCAGCUAGCAUCAGACGGACAGAUGGAGGACUAUUCCUUCUGGCUGAUGUCUCUCACAAAGUUAUUCGAAAUGACUCAGUGUUGGAUGUCAUGCAUGCCAUAUAUCAGCAGAACAGUGAAAACUUCCAGGAUGAAUGUGCCAAGAUGCUAGUUGGCAACAUUGUUAUAACCCGAUACAACAAUCGUACCUAUCGUAUUGAUGACAUUGACUGGAAUAAGACUCCAAAAGAUAGCUUCAUAAUGUCUGAUGGGAAGGAGAUUACAUUCUUGGAAUACUACAGCAAAAACUAUGGAAUCACAGUCAAGGAAGAGCACCAGGCACUUCUGAUCCACAGGCCCAGCGAAAGGCAGAAUAACCAAGGGAGGCUUUUAAAAGGAGAGAUCUUACUACUUCCAGAGCUAUCCUUCAUGACUGGGAUCCCAGAAAAAAUGAAGAAAGACUUUAGAGCCAUGAAGGAUUUAACCCAACAGAUCAACCUAAGCCCUGAACAGCACCACACUGCCCUGGGAAACCUCCUGCAGAAAAUUUCAAAGAAUGAGAUGGCCAGCAAUGAAAUGAUACGAUGGGGGCUCUGUCUGGAUACAGAUGUGCAUAAGAUUUCAGGGCGUGUUCUACCAAUGGAAAGAAUAAACUUGAGAAACAGUUCAUUCAUCACAUCUCAGGAAUUAAACUGGACUAAGGAAGUAACCCGAGAAGCUUCCAUUUUGACAGUUCCUAUGCAUUUCUGGGCACUGUUUUACCCAAAGAGAGCUGUUGACCAAGCCCGAGAGUUGGUUGGUAUGUUGGAGAAGAUAGCUGGCCCCAUUGGUAUGCAAAUGAGCCCACCUGCCUGGAUUGAACUGAAGGAUGACCGGAUAGAGACCUACAUUAGAACCAUUAAAUCCAUGCUGAGAGUUGAGGGGAAAGUUCAGAUGGUGGUUUGCAUCGUCACAGGCACACGAGACGAUCUGUAUGGGGCCAUCAAGAAGCUGUGCUGUGUGCAGUCUCCAGUGCCCUCACAAGUAAUCAAUGCCCGAACUGUUGCACAGCCCACCAAGCUAUGGAGUGUAGCCCAAAAAAUUUUGCUACAGAUUAAUUGUAAAUUAGGUGGAGAACUUUGGGGAGUGGACGUUCCAUUGAAACAACUGAUGGUGAUUGGGAUGGAUGUUUACCAUGACCCCAGAAGGGGGAUGCGUUCUGUGGUUGGCUUUGUUGCAAGCAUCAGUCUCUCCCUCACCAGAUGGUAUUCCCGAGUGGUGUUCCAGAUGCCUCAUCAGGAGAUUGUGGACAGACUGAAACUGUGCCUGGAGGAUUCCUUAAAGAAGUACUAUGAGGUAAACCACUGCCUGCCAGAGAAAAUUGUGGUGUACAGAGAUGGAGUAUCAGAUGGUCAGCUGAAGACGGUCACCAGCUAUGAGAUCCCUCAGUUACAGAAGUGCUUUGAAGCUUUUGAAAACUACCAACCCAAGAUGGUGGUGUUUGUGGUCCAGAAAAAAAUUAGCACUAACCUGUACUCGGCUGCUACAGAUAAUUUUGUGACUCCCUCUCCAGGUACUGUAGUGGACCACACCAUCACAAGCAGAGAGUGGGUGGAUUUCUACCUACUUGCCCAUCACGUGCGGCAGGGCUGUGGCAUUCCUACACAUUAUGUAUGCGUUCUCAACACUGCAAAUUUGAGCCCUGACCACAUGCAGAGGUUAACAUUCAAGCUUUGCCACAUGUACUGGAAUUGGCCUGGCACCAUCAGAGUCCCAGCUCCCUGCAAGUAUGCCCACAAGCUAGCUUUCCUGUCUGGACAAGUCUUACAUCAUGAACCAGCCAUCCAGUUGUGUGAGAAACUCUUCUUCCUGUAACCCAAAGUGUCAGCAAGCAAGUUGAGAAAAGGGAAAAAUGAGUUUUCUGGAUUUGUGUAGAAACCCGAGCUAUGACUUCUCCAGUAUCAACAGAGACAAAAAGUGGCAUUUUUGAGUUGCUGUUUUCCCCUUCCUCAGCCCAGUAAUAUUUACUUCAUUUUAUUUUUUCAACUGCUACUACCAAGAAAACUGUAAGUCAUUUCAGCCCUGUGUGACUUGAAAAUUACCAUUCCCCAUUUGGGAAGGAGAUAGAACAUUGCCACUUUUGGAGGUCUAGGAAAAGUUUAAAAAAAAAACCAAACCAACUCGUAAGCCUCCAAGCCAGAUAGAACUGUAAAAAUCUAUAAUAUCUCUGUUUUCCAAACCCCAUCAUCCUUUCUGGUGCCAUAGGUGAGAAAAUAUGUGGUCUUUGCAAGUUCCUUAAGGAGACAUCUGGACAACUGGGAAAGGCUAAACAGCUGUUUCUUUAAAACAGGCAUUGCUCCUGCUGGCCUGGUGCUUAGCCUUUCCGUGGAAUUGGGCUCAAUUCAGCAAGCAUUUCUCAAUGACACUUCUGACAUAAAAGCCUAUUGUAUUUUUUAAUAAAUUUUUAUUAAUAUCUUUGUUUUACAUCACCUAAAUUUCCCACCGUUUAAUCUUGUCCUUCCCUCCCACAGAGAGCCAGCCCUAUAAUAAAUGAUAAAACAGAAGGGGAACAAAGCAGUUUAGCAAAGCUAACCAAAUAACCUUGAAAAAACUCUGAUCUUCACCUCUAGUCCUCCACCUCUAAAAAGAAUUGAGGGAGGUAUGUUAAAACACUAUUGUCAACCUUCACUUUAGAUGUCUCUGGCACUCCAGAUAUUUCAAAUGGACCCUUUCUGUGUUUUGUGUGCUUUCUAGCUCUCUUGGUUGGGCUUAGCAGCAGAGUUGCCAGCCUAGGGAUUUAAAUCCUUCUAUUUUGAAUUUUGCCUUCCAGCCCCAAAUACUUCUGCCUUGUUUUGGUUAUUAAUAUGUUAAAUCCAUUUCUUAAAGAAGAGAUUCUUGAACUUAGAAAGGAGACAUUUGGCAUAUGGGAUACCUUUUUUAGGGAUGUUCAAGUAUAAUACAAUUUUCCCACAAGUCUGGUUAAUUAAGUCUGUUAUUUAUAUGUGGAAGGGAAAUAUUUAAUUGCCUUGAACAGUGACCUCUUGUUGGCCAUUCAGUUUCCUAGAAAGUUUUCUAAAGCUGGGACAAAUUUUUUUAGCAACUCAGCUUUUAAAAAUGUAGUACACACAUGAAAGUCCAGAUAUCAAAAUUUCCAUACAUAAAGAAGGCUGAUAUUUCUUCCCUCUUUAGAAUUAGGAGCAUGCCAAUCUGUUUGCAUGUACUCCUCUUUGUUUUGGAAGGGCCAAUUUGGUCUCCCAUUUAACCUUUCAGUCUCUCACCUAUACUGUAUUUUUUUUUCUGUUUAAAAGAGUUGAUUUUAUUUAAUUCCUUCCUCUUUUCUUCUUGUCCUUUCUGUAAGGAAGGAAGGAGACAUAUAUUUUAUUUGUGAACUGUGAGAAAAAGAAACUUUAGCCAAAAACCCUUUAGAAAAACAAAAUUAGGAAGUUGUUUUGGUUUACAGUAGAGUUCACAGGAGGUUGGUGAGAUGGAAGCUCUUGGGUACAUUUCUGUCUUUAUUGAGAUGUUGGGGGUGGGAGAAGAAAAGAAGCUAAGAAUUUGGAAUUUUAAGAACAUUGAACUAAAUGUGUUGAAUCACUGGUCUAUAACUUGACAGACAGCUUUCUGAUCUGAUUCUCUCUGCAACCAUUUUGAAUGUUUCUUUUGAGGUUGUAUUUCUUAAGAUCUUGUCUAUCUGAUAUAGUCGGAAAAGUUAAAAACAAUACCUGAGUGCAAUGAAAA